AUGGCGACGUCGUUAGCGCCGGAGCUCCGCCUCGGCACGGCGGGAGAAGCCGAAAUUCUAGCGGCAUUGCGCGGCAAAGGUAGGGAUAACCUCCCUCUUCUGUUACCCUUUCCAUUAGCCCCUCCCAAAUUUUCCCUCCCCCCAAAUUUUGCACCGACGGCGGCGGUGACCCAGAUCUGGCAGCGCGCAUCUCCCUUCGGUCUCCGGUGCCGGACCAGGGUCCUCUUCUCCAGCCGCGGCGGAGCCUGCGCACAUUUGCGACGGCUUUCGGCCGUGUCAUUCGUCCGCCAUGACGGAGAUCGGGAGAGGAUUGCCAACCUGAACAACAUCUACAACUGCAACGACGUAGAGGCUAUCCAGAUGCUACGGAUGAGAAGAGCCCCUUUCUAUGCACUUGUGAAAACGUUCAGGGAUAGAGGACUGCUGACUGAUAGCAUCAACACCUUUGUCGAAGAACAAGUCGGAAUGCGAUCCACAGAGACUAUCUCUUGGUACUUCCAGCAGGUGUUGUACGCAUUGGGGGAGCUGAGAGGUGAAAUGAUCAAGCCAGCAUCAAUGAACACACCAACUAAGAUCAAGAACAGCUACAGGUGGUUCCCCUAUUUCAGGGAUUGCAUUGGGGCUAUUGAUGGUACUCAUGUCACUGCAAAGGUAUCGAGAUCAAUGUCUACAUCAUUCCGCGGAAGGAAGCACUACACCAGCCAGAACGUGCUAGCAACUGUGGAUUUCGAGAUGAGGUUCACAUACGUGCUUGCCGGGUGGGAGGGUUCAGCUCAUGAUGCGAGCAUCCUGUCCGACUGCUUGUCAAGGCCUGAUGGGUUGCAAAUUCCUGACGGUAAGUUCUACCUUGGAGAUGCUGGAUAUGCAUGCCGACAUGAAAUUCUACCUCCCUUCAGGAAAACAAGGUACCGCCUCAACGAGUUCUCUGCGAAGCAUCGACCUCUGAAUGCGAGAGAGUUUGCAAUUCGUAGUAGCUAUGGCUGA